GGGAGCUCGGGGAAGGUUUUCAGCGAUGCACCAGUGGAACUUCCGGUCCGCAUGUAAACCAAGCAGCGUGAUUAUUCUAAACGUAGUCGAUAGACUUCAGUGCCCAUUUACCUGAAAACAUACAUUUGAAUCGGUGACAGCUGUUUGUGAACAUGAAGCUACUCACGCACAACAUGUUGACAUCUCACGUGAAGGGAGUCACUAAAGGAUACCCGCUGCUCAUCAAGGCUACAGAGGUGAAGGUGAAUGAGGUGGAUUUCAACCCUCAGUUUGUCAGCCGGAUGAUCCCCAAGCUGGAGUGGAGCGCUCUGGUUCAGGCUGCAGACGAGGUGUGCCAGACUCCCAUUAUUUUUAAUAUCUCUCAGAUACAUUUAAAACAUGAAUACCCGAGUGCACUCCAGAGAGACAAAGAAAGGGCUUAAAAGCUGCUAAGUAUC